CUGACUUGGGAGUUGGGAGGAUUAGCGUACUAAAACCCGGGAGAAGACCACUGAAAGUGAAAACCCUACAAAAGCCUUGGCAUUGUUUUAUUCUCUUAACUAAAUGGCUUCGUCUCUUAAAUCUGCGACUGGUUUUCUUCACCUGAAGAAGCCUCAAAGCCCAUUGUUUUUCCGUUCCCUGGCUCAAAAGUCCACCCUUUCAUUCAAGAAAUUUACUCCAAUGGCUUCUCUGACCACCACCAACACCACCGUCGGCCUCUCCAAAACUUUCAUCAAACUGAAGGAGCAAGGCAAGGUUGCAUUAAUCCCUUACAUUACUGCCGGUGAUCCUGAUCUAUCGGUCACCGCAGAAGCAUUGAAGGUCCUGGAUUCUUGUGGAUCGGACAUAAUUGAAUUAGGUGUGCCAUACUCUGAUCCAUUAGCAGAUGGGCCAGUUAUACAGGCUGCAGCCACUCGUGCCUUGGCAAGAGGGACCAAUUUGAAUUCAAUCCUGGCAAUGUUGAAGGAGGUGAUUCCCAAACUGUCCUGCCCAAUUGCUCUCUUCACAUACUACAAUCCUAUUUUGAAGCGUGGUGUUGGAGAGUUCAUGUCCAUCAUUAAAGACGUCGGUGUACAUGGACUUGUGGUUCCAGAUGUUCCAUUGGAAGAGACGGACAUUCUGAGAAAGGAAGCCUUGAAAAAUAAUAUUGAAUUGGUAUUACUAACUACACCCACCACUCCAAUGGAGCGAAUGAAGGCCAUUGCUGAAGCUUCCGAAGGGUUUUUGUACCUGGUGAGCUCAAUUGGAGUUACAGGGGCCCGGGCAUCUGUGAAUGAACGAGUUCCUGCCCUUUUAAAGGAAAUUAAAGAGGCUACAUCAAAGCCCGUAGCUGUUGGUUUUGGCAUCUCAAAGCCUGAACAAGCUAAACAGGUAGCGGGGUGGGGAGCUGAUGGUGUCAUUGUUGGUAGCGCAAUUGUGAAGCUGUUGGGUGAUGCCAAAACUCCCGAGGAAGGGUUGAAGGAACUGGAAAUUUUCACCAAGUCUCUGAAAUCUGCACUCCUUUGAUCACAUUUCUAGAUAGAUUUUUCUUUUCAAACUACAGAUGAGUCCUAUGUAAUCCGAAAGUUCCCCCUAUUUAUAGCAAUUAUGCUGAAUCUAGGUCAAACCUGCAGUUGUAAUUUACUCAGAAUUUUCUUGCAAAACUAAAUUACAGAACUUUGUUGCAAAAUUCUGAAUGAAGACCCCAGUAUCACAUGA